UUCAUCCCUUCAUGUCAUAUGUGGUAUAACCCAAAGGCAGUCUAGUCUGGCGCAGAAGAACUGUUAUAAAGUUGACUGAUGUUAGUACAAAUUAUGUUUAUGUUAUGAAUGACGCACUUAUGCUAAAAUAAACAUCUUAAAUCGCAACUUUACAUUUCUCGCCGGUUCUCUGAAAGCAAACGGUCUUAGGACAUCACUGCAUGGCAUCUUCGGAAGAAGAUCUCCGCUCCGGAGAAGGAAUUAUUACAGGUUAUUGCUGCAGGGAGGGGCCGGAAGUUUUGCUUUCAGGCUACUGGGAUGGACAGUCCUUCCAGUUACCUGUGUAUAUGUGGACCAGCAUUGGAGUACAAGCGCAAACACAGCCUUGAAAACACAAACGAGGGAUUUAUUGAACAAAUGAGACAAUGCAAUAGGUAUUUUUGGAGGCAGAUGUGGUCAAGACCGUGACCCAGGUUCACGUUCACAGACAAGCUAGACCAGGAUCCCUUGAAGCAGGGGUUGGAUUGGCGUCUGCCUCGAUGGGGCCUUUUACGCUUGUGUGUUUGAGGAGUGGGAUGGUCAUGCUGAUCAAAGAGAACCCCCUGCUGGUGGACAUAGGAGCCCUGGAAAAGUUAUGGGGGGUGAUGGAUCUGAUCAGCAAGCAAUGUGUGAAGCAGCAGGACAUGACCGAGAUUCUGGCCAUGAAGAUGCACAUCAACUGGGUCCUGCAAAAUUGCCUCGAAGAGCAUAACGGCAACCUGGACAUUCUUGUAAAAGCCCUCACAUGUCAGAUGGGAUUCACAAGCGCCGAAUUCUGCACCACAUGUGGUGACAAGGGGACGGCCAAGCGAUGUUCUGACUGCAGAAUGCUACGUGUGCAAAGCGGAUGGUUUAGCGUUACCCAAGUACCCAACAAUGGGCAGGGUGAUGUUAUUACCCUCUUUUGGGAGGGCUUGUCCCUUCUGGGUGACGCGUUGCGGCUCUCUGCGUCUAAAACUCCACUAUUUCAUACACAAACAGACCUGCAAGUACGUCCAGGACCAGAGGCAGAGGCCAAAAUAAUGCAGUUUUUUUCAGAUUAGCUUCAGGCUAAUUAAUUUUUUGAAUGACCACAGUUCCUUAUGCAAUUGAGAGUGCCAUUGCAAGGCUGUUAUUAAACCGAUACAAGGAGAUCAAUGGGCAAAGGGUAAUUUUACAACUAGCACCUGUGAGUUUGUAUCUCAUGAGCAGAGUUUCUGCUGGUACUUUGUAACUACGUGUAUGACCAUCUGCAAGCUAGAUGUCAUGUGACCAGGUUCUUGUUUUGGUUUAUGCUCUAACCAUUUCCUCACUCUGCAGAGCUGGCUAAUGUCUAGUGAUUUUAUUGUUUUUUUCCAGCAGAGGGCAUGAAGGCUGCCAGCUCAUUGGAGGAUCUGUGCAUGUUUUCCUCUGAUGUCCAGGAAGAACAUCUGGGCACCUGGGUGAGCAUUAACCAUCAAAGCAGCCAGGAUGCUAGCCUUCUCCCCAGCUGCUCCAGGCCCCCCACACCAUGUGACCGUAGCUCCCAGGCCCCCACUGUACCUGGAAGCCCGCUGGCCCCUACCGGCACCUGACAAACACAAAAACCACCAGAAGGUUCUGUUAGAGAUUUAGAGAUGAACAUGUACUAGAAACAAAUUUAAAAAUGGAGGCCGACGUGAGAUUGGAUUUCCUUUUUAUAUAAGGCACGGAAGGGGAGGAGGCAGAUGAAAAGAGAGGAGAGAGAAUUCCUUCUUUCCCCACCCUUGUUUUCUGCACCCUAGAAAGUCAAAUUCCCCUGUAAACAUUAGCAAUUUGCAUGCAGGUAGAUCACAAAUACUACAGUUGUCAGUCCUUGGCCUUUAUUUAAGGUAGCGUGCACUGCUUUUAGCUGUAAACUUUGGCAGCAUGUUGAAGCCAUUCUGCUGAUGGGUCGCGAACACGUGACCUUCUGUGCGGGACGUCUCACAGCAGCAUGCAAAUGGUGCCCCGUGGCACUCAGUCUCACUUUCCACAGUUUUCCCAUUACCAUUCUCACUUUUCUCUGACUUCUCAUCCGUCUUUGGUUCCGGACCCCGGGUACACAGUGUGAAAACUGUGAUUUAAUCAUCUGUCAUCUUGUCCUGCAAGCUGCAUCUCCCAGAGAGGCGUUACAAGCAUUACAGAAAUAUAAUGAAUUGGGUCCACUAGUGUGACACGAAUCUGUUUGGACAGUCCUGUUUGAUUAACCAGUGAUCUGACGAUGAUUUGGUGAGUAUGUCAUCCCAAGCUUUUGUUCUCAGCUUUGCUUAUUUGUCAUUUUUUGCUUGACACAGGAUGUCAGAAUUACCCCAUUAAGUGUUUUCCUGGCCCAAGGGGGCUACUGACCCCCCAACAGCAGAGGGUGUGACCAUGUGGCAGGAGACUGAUUCGCCUGGUUGGCUGCUUUGUUUCCGAAGCAUCAUAAUGACUUUUCUGGGCUUGUUACCGCGUUACCUGAAAGUCACUGUGUGUCUUUUCUAAAAUGUGCAACCUUUGAUACUAAAAUGGAUCAGAACACAUGCUUGUCAGACGGCAUCACUGAAAGGCCGCAGUUCCUCAGUCCUGUGACAAUUUGGAUUUGAAAUAUCUUCCCUGUAUCACUAUUAGCGGUAUUGGUCCACGACUGAGCUCUUAAUUGUAAAAAAGAAACAGAUCUUCUCGUCAGGUUCAGCUUCCCACAUUUAGGAGAAAACUUACAUUAAAAUUGCGGUUUACUGAUGUACCACCAGGGGGCAGACGUUCACCUUUAGCAAUAUUUUCGGUAAUAUCAAAAUGUGUAAAUAUGAGGUACUGUAACGUCGUAGAUAAGGCCAUUAUUUAAAAAGUACCAAAUUGUACCUUUGAGGGUACAAUUACUUGUCACUGGGGCUGCACUCUCAAGAGUCUGUCAAUUGUACCUUAGCUGUAGGUAAAUAUACGUACGUACUAAGGUACAGAAAUGGACCUUGGUGUAUAAAACUGUACCAGGGCUGCACGUUUUUUCUGACAGUGUGAGAUCGGUCAUGUCCUGGCUCAUGAAUAAUACAAAACCACACAGGUUGUUCAAUAAAGAUCCAUGAACAAUUAAUGGGCAUUCUUAAAGAUAGUAAAUACUUUUUCAUUAAAAAAAGUUUAGAUUUUUUGUUAUCGCGAAUUCAUGAGCUUUUCUUUUACUUGUAUUCCUGGACAAAGUGUAAUAAUAAUAAUAAUAAUAAUAAUGACAUCACCAAAUACAGUUCUGAUUUCUCCGGGGAAAACGUAGGUACGGUUUAGUAUAAUUUAAGCAUUAAUAAAAACUCUGACAGCUGUUGUGGAUCCUUCACUCUUCGCUAAUAAACCAAAUUGUUACGACAAUAAGAGCUUCUCUAUAUCAUGUGGAUGUAAUAGUACGUAUAGGGAGUUACACAGGCCAACUUUGAUCCUGAUAUUUUCCAGCGUGUACAAUUUCUGCCCGACAUCAUUCCCAUCACUGAAAAUGUCAGAGAGCUUGUCAGGGGUAUUCUUCUUCUUCUGUAUUUCCACGAUAUUAUCUCGACUCCUGUGUAAUUAUAUUACGCAUAUUAGGCCCAUAAAACGAGAAGUUCUAAUUGUGCGCACACUGCACGGUGUCGAAUAUACUGAUCCUCUUUCCAGCCUGUAGGUUAUCUUUUAUUUCCGCGUUUUUUCUUCCUAAGCCUGACAGCAAAGGAAUUGGAAUUGUUUUGCAAUGGUGUGCAAAAGCAGCCCAGUGACAGCACAGAAAGUGUUCAGCUGUUUAAAUAGAUAAAAUCGGAAGUUGCGCUGGAUUGGACCGUAAGAUAAAUUAAAUCAAGCACCACCAAUAAUAAUGUCAUUCAUGAAAAAUGCACAGCUUGUUAAAAUUACAGUUUAAUAAUUAACGACACAUAAUGGGAGCGGCUUGGUGGUGCAGUGGUUAGCACUGUUACAUCACACCUCUGGGACUCAGGUUCGAGUCCCCGCCUGGGUUACAUGUGUGUGGAGUUUGCAUGUUCUCCCCAUGUCGUCGUGGAGUUUCCUCCGGGUACUCCGGUUUCCCCCCACUGCCCAUAACAUGCGGUUUGGAAAAUGGAUGGAUGAUACAUAAUGCAAUAAAUAGCAUGACUAAAUGCAUAUACUAGGAACUAUUCAGAGAAAUGCUUUAUUUAGAUAACUGCAAAUCCUCUCAAAUAGCCACUUAAAGAAGUUCAGUCUAGCAGAAAAGGAACCUUGUCAGUCUAACUGGACUUGUAGACAUUUAAAUAACCUCCGCAGAUGGUAAUCCUGAUUGCUGGUGGUAACAUGUCAGUUAACCUCUCCCAAACCCUAAAGGUACCUACUGUAAGUACUGCUGCUUCUCGCCGAAUAUCAAGGGGGUGUGGUCACCGAUGCGAUCACUCUAGUUUCAUUCAUAAAACUUGCCGCGAUCUGCCUUUCCACAAUCUCAAACUGCGCUCGUCGAAUCAACGGAUGGAUACAUGGUAACGGUGUUUUAGUUAAAAGGCAAUAUCGUUGGAAAAAACUGCCUCUGCGUACAUCGGACCGGCUUCGGAUCAGCUACAUCAUGACCUCCAUCACAUGCGAAUACUCCCUGUUGUUUUUGUUUUGCAUCUUCAUGGAUAGCUGUCAGUCGUUUAGUAAUGAUGCUACGGAAAUCGUGAAUUCCCACUUGGAUUUCUCAGCCCUGGACACUCCGAAUAAUACUUCUUUAAAUCGAGCCCGUAACGGAGGAAAACGCUUGGGCAGCACAGAGAGAAGUGAGCAGAGCCAGGUCGGAUGCAGGGAGCUCCGGUCCACCAAAUACAUCUCCGAUGGCCAGUGCACCAGCCUGAGCCCCGUGAAGGAGCUGGUGUGUGCCGGCGAGUGCCUCCCGCCUCACAUGGUCCCCAACUGGAUCGGUGGCUACGUUGGCAAGUUCUGGGCCCGGAGGGAAGGCCAGAGCUGGAAGUGCGUGACCGACCGCACUCGCACCCAACGCAUCCGACUGCAGUGCCAGGACGGCAGCACCAGGACCUACAAGAUUACGGCGGUCACCUCCUGCAAGUGCAAGCGUUGCUCCCGGCAACACAACGACUCCGGUCACAAUCUGGAAAAGGGGCCGGCCCACGUGCGACCCCAGGAGCCCAAGGGCAGGUCCCUGAGGGCCAAGGGCAGGAACCAUGGGGAGCUCAAGAAGAAAAUGACACCUACAGUGGAGCAUGAUUAAUGUGCCAUGCACCUGAUCUGAGUGCGUUCAAGCACUGUGUGUGUGUGUGUGUGUGUGUGUGAGAGAGCGAGAGAGAGAGAGAGAGAGAGAGAGAGAUAGCGUCUCGGUAUGUACAGUGCUCAUUCUCCGAACUGACAUCAUGAAUUGAUUGAAUGUUUUCCUGUCCUCUCAAACUGAACAGGAAUACAUCAACUGUAAACCUGACAUUACAGAUGUAUAAAGGACUUAUCUUUGUAUAAUGCCAAAAUUAUGAAUUGCUUGAAUAUAUUGACUGAUAUUUUGCAAUGAUUUGUUUUUUAUAGAUGGAAAAAGGAAGAAAAAAACUUUUUUAACUUUCGUCUGUGAAAGUAACACAACUGGACAAACUUUAAAUGGACAUUUACAGAAUGGGCCUGGCUAUAGGCCUGUAUCUAACCCUUUAAUUUUAUUGUGUGUUUUAUCUUAACAGUUUGUAUUUGCAUUUGGAAUUGUUUUGCAGCUGAUUCUUGUAGGCACUUAGUGUUUAAAAAACACAGCUAAGAAUAGAUUUUCUUAUAACGUACCUUUUUAUGACGCAAUGUAGAAAAACUGUCGACUGUUGAAAUAUACACUUUGUUUUGCUCAUUUCAAUAAAAAAUUAAAAACUGGA